UUAACGGCCAUUUUAAAAACGGAGGAGAAAGAAUCCCUAGGAAAGAAGGAAUUAAAUUAAAUAUUAAAAACGGAGUGAACAGUCUGUUGUGGAGUGGAACUGAGGUCUGCCGAUUUGGGUCAGAACCCACUUGUGAAUCUGAUCUGGUGUGUUCAGGUGUCCUGAGACAGGGGGCGCUGUUUCAAAAAUGAGUUCCUCAGAGGAGACCGAGACUAACGAUGGAACCCACGGCCCUGUGAGAAAGAGGGUUCGGGUAGAGAGGACAGGGUCACCUGUACCCAGCUGUCUGUCUGUGAAGAGUGAUCAUUCAAUGGAUCGUCCAAUCCACUUCAGAGGACAGUUCACAGGUGAUCGAAGGGUUCGGGUAGAGAGGACAGGGUCACCUGUACCCAGCUGUCUGUCUGUGAAGAGUGAUCAUUCAAUGGAUCGUCCAAUCCACUUCAGAGGACAGUUCACAGGUGAUCGAAGGGUCCAGGUUGGUUGGGCUGGGUCACCUGUACCCAGCUGUCUGCCUAUGAAGAGUGACCGUUCAAUGCAUCAUCCAAUGUACUUCAGUGGAGAGUUCACAGGUGAUCAAAGGAUCCACUGCUCACAGGUGUCCAACCAUAUUGUAGAGAGGAGUUCCGAGAAACGGUUCUCAAAACAGCUGACCAGCAGCCCUGUGAAGCAGAAGGAUCUCGCUGACACACUGGAGAGAGAUGAGCAGCACAAUAAAUCCAUAGAAAGAGCCCAGCAGGCAAUGAAAACUGCUCUGAAGAAGAAGUGUGAACACAUAUUUGAAGGUUUAGCAAAGCAGGCCAACCCAACCCUCCUCAAUGAGAUCUAUACAGAGCUCUACAUCACAGAGGGGGGAAGUGGGGGGGUCAAUGAUGAACACGAGGUCAGACAGAUUGAGAUAGCAUCCAAGAGACACACCACACAAGAGACUGCAAUCCUCUGCAAUGACAUCUUUAAGCCUUUACCUGGACAAGAGAAACCCAUCAGAACUGUGCUUACAAAGGGCAUCGCUGGCAUUGGGAAAACCGUCUCUGUGCAGAAGUUCAUUCUGGACUGGGCAGAUGGAAAAGCCAAUCAGGACAUUGAUUUCAUCUUCACUCUUCCUUUCCGAGAUCUGAAUCUGAAAAAGGAGAGAGGAUUCAGUCUGAUGCAACUUCUGCAGCACUACUUUCCACAACUGAAAGAGAUCAAGAGUAUUGAAGGCGAUAAAGUGAAAAUUGUAUUUAUCUUUGAUGGUCUGGAUGAGUGUCGACUUCCUCUAGAUUUCCAAUGCAAUAAGAUCUGCUGUGAUAUAACAGAGUCAUCAUCAGUUGAUGUGCUGCUGACCAACCUCAUUCUGGGGAAUCUGCUUCCCUCUGCUCUCCUCUGGAUCACCUCCCGACCAGCAGCAGCCAAUCAGGUCCCUCCUGAGUGCGUCCACCAGGUGACAGAGGUACGAGGGUUCAAUGACCCAGAGAAGGAGGAAUACUUUAGGAAGAGAAUCAGAGAUAAGAAAAAGGCCAGCAGAAUUAUCUCACACACAAAGUCAUCCAGGAGUCUGCACAUCAUGUGUCACAUACCAGUCUUCUGCUGGAUUUCUGCUACUGUUCUGGAGACAAUGUUGGAUAAAGUGAGUGGAGACCUGCCCAAAACUCUGACUGAAAUGUACACACACUUCCUGCUCAUUCAGACUAAUGUGAAGAAUGAGAAGUAUCCUGGCACCAAUGAGACAACCCCAAAGAAAAUGUCAGCAUCAAAUACAGAAAUCAUCCUGAAACUGGGGCAGCUGGCUUUACUACAGCUGGAAAGGGGCAAUCUGAUAUUCUAUGAAGAGGACCUGAGAGAGAUGGGCAUUGAUGUCAGUGAAGCUUCAGUGUACUCUGGGGUGUGCACAGAGAUCUUUAAAGAGGAGUGUGGGUUGGGUGAGGAGAAGGUCUACUGCUUUGUGCAUCUGAGCAUUCAGGAGUAUCUGGCUGCCUUGUUUGUGUUUCAUUCAUGUGUGAAUGAGAACAGAAAUGUACUCAGAGCAGAACAAUCAAAACCUCGCAGACGCAGAGUCAGAGUGCAGCUGUCUGAGUUACACAGGACUGCAGUGGAUCAGGCCUUAGAGAGUAAGAAUGGACACCUGGACCUUUUCCUCAGAUUCCUUCUAGGCCUCUCUCUGGACUCCAUUCAGACUCUAUUAGGAGGAAUACUGACAAAGACAGGAAGCAGAUCACCUGUACCAGAUUGGAUAAAAGCACUAUAUAAAUACAGUCCUUUUACCAUUUACCAUUUAGAUCCACAGACACAGACAGGAAGCAGAUCAAAGAGCAUUGAGAAAACAGUAUUAUACAUAAAGGAGAGGAUCAAAAAAGAAUCUUCAGCAGAGAGGACCAUAAAUCUGUUCCACUGUCUCAAUGAACUGAAUGACAACUCUCUAGUGGAGGAAAUCAAGAAUUUCCAGAGAUCAGGAAAACUCUCUAAUGAAAAGCUGGAACCACACCAAUGUUCAGCCCUGGCCUUUAUGUUACUGAUGUCAGAGGAGAUCCUAGAUGAGUUUGACUUGAAGACCUACAAAACAUCAGCAGCAGGUCAUCAGAGACUGCUACCAGUAGUCGGGAACUGCAGGAAGGCCAUACUGAACAGCUGUGGUCUCACAGAGAAGUCCUGUGAAAUUGUGGCCUAUGCUCUUCAGUCAUCACACUCACCCCUGAGAGAUCUGGACCUCAGCAACAAUAUCCUGGGAGAUUCAGGAGUGAAGCUGCUCUGUGCUGGACUGAUGAGUCCAGACUGUAAACUACAGAGACUGGACCUCAGCUACAAUAACCUGGGAAAUUCAGGAGUGAAGCUGCUCUGUGCUGGACUGAUGAGUCCAGACUGUAAACUGCAGAGACUGGGGCUGAACAGCUGUGGCCUCACAGAGAAGUCCUGUGAAAUUGUGGCCCCUGCUCUCCUGUCAUCAAACUCACCCCUGAGAGAUCUGGACCUCAGCAACAAUAACCUGGGAGAUUCAGGAGUGAAGCUGCUCUGUGCUGGACUGAUGAGUCCAAACUGUAAACUACAGACACUGGGGCUGGGUUGGUGUAAUCUCACAGAUGGCUGCUGUGAUGUUCUGGCCUCAGUCCUGCGCUCUCCUCACUCAGAGCUGAGAGAUCUGGAGCUCAGAGACAAUGAGCUGCAGGAUUCAGGAGUGAGAGCGCUCUCUGCUGGACUGGAGGACCCACACUGUAAAGUGCAGAGACUGGGGCUGUCAGGCUGCAGAGUCACACAGAGAGGCUGUGAUUCUCUGGCUUCAUCUCUGUGUUCAAACCCCUCACACCUGAGAGAGCUGGACCUGAGAUACAAUCACCCAGGAGACUCAGGAGUGAGAGCGCUGUCAGCUGCUAAACUGGACACACUCACACUGCUUGUGGACCAUGGAGGAGAGAACAGGACCAAACCAGGACCCAGGAAAUACGGCUGUCAGCUCACACUGGAUCGAAACACAGCGCACAGAUUCCUGUCUCUGUCUGAGGGGAACAGGAGGGUGACAGACACACCGGGGAGAUGGGAGCCAUAUCCUGAUCAUCCAGAGAGAUUUGAGGGCUGGCCCCAGGUUGUGUGCAGAGAGAGUGUGUGUGAGCGCUGUUACUGGGAGGCUGAGUUCAGUGUGUCUGAGAGGGACGGAUGGGUUGAUAUAGCAGUGACAGAUAAAGGAAUCAGCAGGAAAGGAGGGGGUCAUGACUGUGAGUUUGGAGGGAAUAAAAACUCCUGGAGUCUGAGCUGCUUUAAGCACGGUGACUCUGAUAAACUCAGAUACUCUGGUAAACUCAGUCACUCUGUCAGGCACAAUAAGAACGAAACACACAUACCUGCCCUCACCUCCCCCUACCGCAGAGCAGGAGUGUGUGAUGAUGAUGAUAAUGAUGAUGGUAGAGGAGUGUGUGUGUACAGGGUAGGAGUGUGUGUUGACCGUCCGGCCGGCACUCUGUCCUUCUACAGCGUCUCUGACUCUGACACACUGACCCUCCUGCACAGAUUCCACACACACUUCACUCAACACAAACCCCUCUGUGCUGGAUUUUAUGUGGAGUACUCCUCAGUAUCCCUCUGCCAACUGGAGUAGAGACACACACACGCGCACACACACGUGCGCAUACACACUCGCCUUACCAGUGCAAUUUCAGCUGUGCCCAAUAUUAUAUAUAUAUAUAUAUAUAACCUCAGUACAGCCUAACCCCUGUACAUAAGAGUAUUAUCUUUUAGCAGUUCAGGUUAAGCACUUGCUGUCUAAAUGUGAUUUUUUUUACAUUUUAAUACAUUCAUAUUGCAAAUGUUCAAGGUGUGUUUAUGUCCUUUUGAUUAUUAAAACAUUAAUAUAACAUUGAGAGUAAUAAUGCCAAAAGAUGGCAGGGUAAAAUGUUUUUGAAGUAAUAAUUCUAUCUCCUGUAUCUGCAUCUUUUUUAAAAGAAUCCAGUGGCAAACUCCUCCACUUAAAUGUGCAUUUUACUAGUUUUUACAGUUGCUUUCAUUCAUUUUCACAAGAGUUCCAAUGUGCAAAUUUCUGUGGGCAAAUGCAGCUGAUAGGGAGAAUGCAGAAUGAUCACUGCAGUGUACUUAUUUCCUUUCAUUACUGUAAACAAUGAUGGAUUGAGUUUCCUUAUUAAUUCUUUUAGGAUUUUUUUUUUUUUUUUGCUUUAAUUUUCAGUAUUUUCAGACAAUAAUAUGCAAUGAUUAAACCUGAAUUAUUAAAAUAUCAAAUGCUUUGCUGUUGUGAUUUAUUAUUGUGUGAUGUAUUGAACUCCUGUGACACAGUAGUACUUAUUUCAUAUUCUGCAUGGGAUUAUGUUUGGGCUCAAUUUGAGUAGAUCAGCAUGGGGCUAAAAUCUGCAGGUGAAGCAAUGACAUUCAUCUACAGUAGUGGAAAUAAAAUCCAUUAUAAGAGAAAUUGUGUAGUGUCUGAUGAAUGCUUGCUUCUGUUGCUGUAGUGUAACCACAACUCAAUACAUUUUGAAAAGGCACUGCUUGUCUAUUGAGCUGGUAUGUUUAUGUUACCUCUCAAAGAAAUGGUUUUCCUGUAGGUUUGAACCUGGAUCUGCUGCACAUCAGUUGAAUGGAUUAGACCACUAAGCCAAAACCAGGGCAGAAGUGUGGUUUGCAUGACAUCCAGUCUCUGAGAUGUUCCUUUGACCCUACAAUUUUUCUCAUUUUUUCAGAUGCAUUUCUGAUAUCUGCAGUCACACAUUACAAAUGCAUUACAGUAUGUUAUGAUUGCUUUGGCUCAAUGUGGAAAACUCAAUUUGCCAAACUGACCCUAAGACACAAAAUUCUUACCCUAAGACACUAAUUGCAGUACCUACCCACAACGUGCACAACUCUAAAUCACACUCAGUUUUCACAAUACAGUCGUCUCGUAUUAGUACAAUAUUCCAAUGCGUAUUGCUAGACAUGCAGAUUGUGAAAUGAAGUCAAGAUGUUUGCAAUUCUGUCUCAUCACUUACAUACUUUGAACAUACUUUGUCAUUGAUUUAUAAAUAUACCAGUAUAUCCUGGGCUUUCACUGAUGGUUUAAUUGUGGUACAUAUAGCAGUGGCCUGAUAUGCAUUCUAUGUUUGCAGUUUGCUUCUACCUGACUGCUUCCUCCCAGCAGAGAAACAAAGGGACACAACCCCCCAGCAGAGAAACAGAGGGGCACAACCCCCCCCCCCAGCAGGGAAACAGAGGGGCACAACCCCCCCCAGCAGAGAAACAGAGGGACACAACCCCCCAGCAGGGAAACAGAGGGACACAACCCCCCAGCAGAGAAACAGAGGGACACAACCCCCCAGCAGGGAAACAGAGGGACACAACCCCCCAGCAGAGAAACAGAGGGACACAACCCCCCAGCAGUGAAACAGAGGGACACAGAAGACUCUGGGUCAUCCCACCAUGGACAGCGCAGGAGAGGUAGCAGGUUUUAGCAGUUUGCUAAGGUGGUCUGGGAGGAUGGACAGCGUGGGAAAGUGUGGAGGACUGAUCGCUCAGUGGGUCAGACUGGUGGAAGAUACCACAAGCCAGGCUUAGCUUCCUGAUCAGGGCCAAUUAUGACACCCUGCUCCUUAUAUGGAGACGUGGUCUACUCGGGUGAAGGUGGUGCUCCUUAUAUGGAGACGUGGUCCACUCGGGCGAAGGUGGUGCUCCUUAUAUGGAGACGUGGUCCACUCGGGCGAAGGUGGUGCUCCUUAUAUGGAGACGUGGUCCUCUUGGGUGAAGGUGGUGCUCCUUAUAUGGAGACGUGGUCCACUCGGGCGAAGGUGGUGCUCCUUAUAUGUGUCGGGUUUUGCGGGUGAGGACCCAGGUGCGGAGUGAGAAAAACCUCAGGUUGCAUCAAAACAGAAAUUCAAACCAAGACUUUAAUAUAAAAAAAGGAAAACAGAACAAAGAGCCACGAGGGGCAUAUAACAAAAACUAAAAAAUACAAAAAAAACUUCUGGACAAAACAGAACUUCACAAAGUACAGAAAACAAAUGGCAGAAGCACAGGCAGAGACAAAGGCAGAAACGCACAGAAACACACAGGUGGAAACACAAGCAGGUCAAAACACAGGCAGGCAGAAACACACAUGAAACGCAAGGAAACAGCACCCGAGUCAGGGAACAAAGAACUUAAAUAGACAAGGGUAACAAGACAUAGGUGAACUCAAAGAACAAUCAAACCAGAAAGGGAGGGGAUGACAAGACACUGGUGGGAACAAUAGAAUAAUGAAAACCAAUAAUACAAUUAACACAGGAAGGGAGAACGAACUGAAACACAAAACUGAAGUGCCGCCAUCUGGCGGCCAAAAGGGGAAAAACAGAAACAGAAAAAGCAGAACCAUGACAAUAUGGACACGUGGUCUACUCGGGCGAAGGUGAUGCUCCUUAUAUGGAGACGUGUUCUACUCGGGCGAAGGUGGUGCUCCUUAUAUGGAAACGUGUUCUACUUGGGCGAAGGUGGUGCUCCUUAUAUGGAGAUGUGGUCCUCUCGGGUGAAGGUGGUGCUCCUUAUGGAGCUCACCCUCCCAUGGGAGGAGGGGGCAGAAGCAGCCUAUGAGCGGAAACGCCUGAAGUACUCCGACCUGGCAGCGGAGUGUGAGAGUGUAAGGAGUGUAAGGAGGUCGGUUAGAGAGCGACAGUAUAUCCAGUGGAGGUGGGACGCUGGGGGUUUACCCGCCAGUCAGUGCUCUACCUUCUGGAGAACACGGGCAUGGCAGGGGCAAGGCUGAGGAGGGCAGCUAGAGGGCUGGCCGAGGAAGCAGAGAAGGGGGGCUGGCGCAGAGGGGGGGAGGGAGAGUCGGAAAAUACCCACUGCACCCAAAACAAGCAGAGGGUGGCAGCUGGCCAUCUGGAUCAGUUUGAGCCUCUUUGUGUCCCUGGAGUAGAGGCUCCCAGCCCAGCACACACAGGUGUAGAACAGGACACCGGCCACAAUGAUCUGGUAGAACAUGGCCAGCAUCCUGCUACACACACCGAAGGAGCGUAGCCUCCCCAGAAAGAAAAGCCUUCAGUCUAGUAGGGCCUCCAAAGACACAAACCACAGUAUCAAACCAUCUAUAUAUAUGAUCAGGUGAACAUGGUGUAUAUGUGUUUGUGUGUGUGUGCAUAUUGUGCAUGUGCGUGCGUGUGUGUGUAUUGAUGCGCUGUGUACGUGCUCUGUGUGUACAAUAAAAAUGAGCAUCUUCAGUGCA